AACAGAAAGAGGUCACCGGCCAGGACAGAAAACCCGAGUGGGUUCAAAAAGGCGCCAGCGCGGCGGACGGCGACACCACGCACGCACGCAGCGCCGCCUCGGCGACAUCGCCCUAUAAGAUCCGAGCCCGCUGCUGCUCGAUUGAUCGAUAGAGAGAAGAACGAGAGGCGGUUUUGGUUGUUCAGGUGGGGAGGAGGAGAGAUUUGGGUUGGCGGAGGGGCGAGGCGAUGGGGGCGCUGUCGCGGCCGGAGGAGGUGGCGCCGCUGGUGAAGAUGGCGGCGGCGGCGUGGCGGAUCAGGCGCCAGAUCCCGCCGCAGGAGCACUGGGCCUUCGCCUACGACAUGCUCCAGAAGGUCUCCCGCAGCUUCGCGCUCGUCAUCCAGCAGCUCGGCCCCGACCUCCGCAAUGCCGUCUGCAUCUUCUACCUCGUGCUCCGAGCCCUGGACACCGUUGAGGAUGACACUGGCGUCCCUACCGAGGUGAAGCUGCCGAUCCUUCAGGAAUUCUACCGACACAUCUACAACCCUGACUGGCAUUUUUCAUGUGGAAGAGGGCACUACAGAGUGCUGAUGGAUAAUUUUAGACACGUCUCCAUUGCUUUCUUGGAGCUGGAUCAAGGAUAUCAGAACGCAAUUGAAGAAAUCACCAGGCGGAUGGGAGCAGGAAUGGCAAUAUAUAUAUGCAAGGAGGUUGAAACUGUUGAUGACUAUAAUGAGUACUGCCACUAUGUAGCAGGGCUAGUAGGUUAUGGACUUUCCAGGCUCUUUCAUGCUACAGGAACAGAAGACCUGGCUUCAGAUCAACUUUCGAAUUCAAUGGGCUUAUUUCUGCAGAAAACCAAUAUUAUAAGGGAUUACUUGGAGGACAUAAAUGAGAUACCGAGGUGCCGUAUGUUCUGGCCUCGAGAAAUAUGGAGUAAAUAUGCUGAUGAACUUGAGGAUCUUAAAUAUGAGGAGAAUUCAGAAAGGGCGGUGCAGUGCUUGAAUGAUAUGGUGACAAAUGCUUUGAUUCAUGCUGAAGAUUGCCUUCAGUACAUGUCAGCAUUGAAAGAUAAUGCCAACUUCCGUUUUUGUGCAAUACCUCAGAUAAUGGCAAUUGGAACCUGUGCUCAGUGCUACAACAAUGUGCAAGUCUUUAGAAGAGUUGUUAAGAUGAGGCGUGGGCUCACGGCACGAAUAAUGGAUGAGACAAAAUCGAUGUCAGAUGUCUAUACUGCUUUCUAUGAGUUCUCUUCAUUGCUUGAAUCCAAGAUUGAUGAUAAUGACCCAAGUGCUGCGAUAACACGGGAACGUGUUGAUGCAAUAAAGAAACGUUGCAGAUCAUCGGGUUUGCUUAAGAGAAGGGGAUAUGACUUGCAGAAGUCACAGUAUCGACCUAUGCUGAUCUUGCUUGUACUUAUGCUGGUGGCUCUUAUGUUGGCUGUACUUGCCAAGUAAUUCAAUCGACAUAGUCCAUGCUGGGAAACCACCUAGACUAUCCGGUUUUGUUUCUGUCACCAAGUUGGAACGUCAACUGGAUGCACGUGCUGACUGCAGAUGGAUAUGGUCGCAUAUUAUGCCAUGCCUCGCUAAUCUUAAUUCUUUUGUUCUUCAGUUUUCUCAUCCAUAUAUUUGUUUGAACUUUGAUGUUGUUUGAAUUUAGGAGUAAUUUGUAAAAUGUAUCCUACAAAUUUGGCAUGGUGCCCUGUUUGAAUUGCCUUCUGGUAAUUUAUGACUUAUCUAUGUAAUGAUGAUCAUUUGUCGUACUAUAUGCGUGGUUGUACUCCUAUUUCGUUUUCGUAA